AUGGCUGUCGACAGUAACUUCCGGUUCCUGCACGGCAAUCAGCCGCUGGCCACAUACUUUUACGCCGUGCCGCGUCUGUGCAUGAAUCUGAUGGGCUUCUGGCCGGAGCGGUUGCAUUGGCGAGCCUACAUCAACUUUGUGGUGCUGGCCAUAGGCGUGGCCACGGAGCUGCACGCCGGCUAUCGGUGUGCCAGGCGGGGCGAGAUAACGGUCGCCUUGGAGACCUUCUGUCCGGCUGGCACCUCGGCGGUCACCCUGCUGAAAAUGUUCCUUCUGCUGCAGGCUCGCGAGGACCUGCUCUACAUCGUAACUAAGCAGCGCCAGAUGCUGUUCCCCACCGUCGGCCAGACGCCCGUCAAGGAAAAGGUGAUGCGUCGGCACUUCCUGAUGACGUGUCGCUUGAACUUCUGGCCGGUGUCCGCGGGCUUCUCCACGAGCAGCUUAUACAAUCUGAAGCCACUGAUGGUAGUGCUGCUGCUCUACCUAAAUGGAUGUACCGAUGAAAUCGUCUGGGGUAUGCCCUUCAAUAUGACCAUGCCCAAUUGGCUACUACAUGCACCGUUCUAUCCGCUUACCUUCAUAUUCAUUGCCUACACGGGCUACGUGACCAUCUUCAUGUUCGGAGGCUGUGACGCCUUCUAUUUCGAGUUUUGUGUCAACAUCGCCACGCUCUUCGAAUUCCUCCAGGCGGAUAUUCACACGCUCUUUCGACCCUACCGAGAUUUGUCACAGAUAAGCGGGGACAACGGCGCCGUCUUUGAGGCAAGCUUGGUGAAGCUGAUCAAGCGGCAGAAUGAGAUCUUUGAGCUGACGCACUUCUUCAGGCAGCGCUUUGUGACCAUCACCUUGGCCCACUUCGUCUCGGCCAGCAUGGUAAUUGGCUUCAGCAUCUUCAAUCUACUGACCAUCGGCGACAAAGGCCUGAACACCUUUCUCUACGUGAGCUACACCGUGGCCGCGCUCAGCCAGCUGCUCAUCUACUGCUACGGCGGCACUCUGGUCACGGAGAGUAGUACCAAGCUGGCCAUUGUCAUGGGCAGUGCUCCAUGGCAUCAGUGCUUGCCCAAGCACCGUCUCUGCGUUCAUCUUUUCAUAAUGCGCUCACAGCGUGGUCUCACAAUGGCAGUGCCGUUUUUUUCGCCCUCUCUCGUCACCUUUACCUCAAUAUUGCAGACAUCUGGUUCCAUUAUUGCCCUGGCCAAGUCCUUUCAAUCCUAG